GGCUCAUUUAAAUUGGGAGCUACUAAAAUACUCUCUGGGUGGCAAAUGCAGUGCCUAGCAGCAGUCAUCAAGGACGAACCAAACAUGAGUGGAGGAGGGGAACAGGUCGACAUCCUGCCGGCCAAUUAUGUGGUCAAAGAUCGAUGGAAAGUGUUGAAGAAGAUUGGUGGCGGUGGCUUUGGAGAGAUUUAUGAGGCAAUGGAUCUGCUGACCCGUGAGAAUGUGGCCUUGAAGGUGGAAUCAGCCCAGCAGCCCAAGCAAGUUCUCAAGAUGGAAGUGGCUGUCCUGAAAAAGCUGCAAGGGAAGGAUCAUGUUUGCAGAUUUAUUGGCUGCGGAAGGAAUGAAAAAUUUAAUUAUGUGGUCAUGCAGCUUCAGGGCCGAAAUCUUGCAGAUCUCAGAAGAAGUCAGCCUCGAGGGACCUUCACGCUGAGCACAACACUGCGAUUAGGCAAGCAGAUUCUGGAAUCAAUAGAAGCCAUUCACUCUGUGGGAUUUCUGCAUCGUGAUAUCAAGCCUUCCAAUUUUGCCAUGGGCCGCUUACCUUCAACGUACAGAAAAUGCUACAUGUUAGACUUUGGUUUGGCCCGUCAGUACACCAACACCACUGGUGAAGUCCGGCCUCCUCGCAAUGUUGCUGGUUUUCGGGGAACAGUCCGCUACGCUUCAGUGAAUGCACACAAAAACCGAGAGAUGGGUAGACAUGAUGAUCUGUGGUCCCUCUUUUACAUGUUGGUGGAGUUUGCAGUUGGUCAGCUUCCGUGGCGAAAGAUCAAAGAUAAGGAGCAAGUAGGCAUGAUAAAAGAGAAGUAUGAACACCGGAUGCUGCUAAAACACAUGCCUUCUGAGUUUCAUCUUUUUCUGGAUCAUAUUGCAAGCCUAGACUACUUCACAAAGCCGGACUAUCAGCUCAUCAUGUCUGUGUUUGAGAACAGCAUGAAAGAAAGAGGCAUUACUGAAAAUGAAGCCUUUGAUUGGGAAAAGGCUGGUACAGAUAUCUUGCUGUCCACUAGCACCUCUACUCCACCACAGCAGAACACUAGGCAAACAGCAGCCAUGUUUGGGGUGGUUAAUGUCACUCCAGUACCUGGGGACUUGCUUCGUGAGAACACUGAGGAUGUCCUACAGGGUGAACAUCUGAGUGAUCAAGAGAAUGCUCCUCCCAUCCUGUCAGGCCGGCCAGUAGAAGGUCUUGGCCAGGCUCCGAACACUGCUUUCAAUGAGGCUGAAGUUUGGGAAGAGACAGAUGUGAAUCGCAACAAACUCAGGAUCAGCAUCAGCAAAACUCAGUGCAUGGUAGAAGAGGAGCAGAGAAAUGGUGUCUGUCCCAGCUCCCCUGUCCGAGUGCCUCCAGAGUCUCCUACUGCACAAGUGCGCUCCCUAAGAUACCGCCGUGUGAACAGCCCUGAGUCAGAACGCCUCUCCACUGGUGAUGGCAAAGCAGAUCUACAUGAAAGAAGAUCUCGAAUGGAUUUACCUGGCUCUCCGUCACGGCUUGUAUGUUCCUCCCAGCCAGCCCAGAUGCUAUCCAUUGAUACCGGACAAGCUGACCGGCAGGCAAGUGGUAGGAUGGACGUGUCUGCUUCAGUUGAACAUGAAGCCCUCAGCAACGCUUUCCGCUCAGUACCACUGGCAGAGGAAGAGGACUUUGAUAGCAAGGAGUGGGUUAUCAUUGAUAAAGAGACAGAGCUGAAGGACUUUCACCCAGGUGCUGAGCCAAGCACCUCUGGAACCACAGAUGAGGAACCUGAGGAACUGAGACCUAUUGAAGAGGGUGAGGAGAGAAGGCGCUUGGGGGCAGAUGUUGCAGUCAGGCCAAAGAUACAAGAUGGGCGAAGUCGGGGUAUGCAGCCUGUGACUGAGGAGGAUAGUUCCCACAGACAUGAAGGACCUUCUCAAACAGUAUCUGACAGUAAACACGAACAGCAGACAGGAAGUCAGGCCCACUCCCCGCUGCACUCAGCACCAGCUAUCCGACAAAGGAGACGAGAGUCUGAACCUACUGGUCCUCAGAGACAGGCGUAUACACUGAAGUCAUUUGAAAUGAAUGGUCUGCUCAAGGCAGUGCCUUUAAGUUUGCCUUAUCAAGACUUCAAAAAAGAUGUGUCAGACUACUGGGAAAAGCCUAAGGCACCCCAGCGGAAAAAGAAAGUUGACUUCUCAAAUGUUGUCUUGACUGCUCCUUGCAAACCCCUUGAAACUCAACUUGAAAUUAAUGGGAAAGAGGAGGAAGAAGACGAGGAGGAAGAAGAAGAGGAAGAAGAAGAGGAGGAGGAGGCAGAGGAUGAGAUUGAUAUGCACAGUGGCUCCAGCAGUGACAUGAGUCAAAAAAGCACAGAGCACAGCCAGGAGUGUGCACCGUCCACACUCCUGGCCGAUGACCAGAAGGGAUCCAAGGGUAGAGCUUCCACUGCUGAUGGGGAUCUGGAACUGGAGGAAGGCUCAAAAACACUAGUGCUGUUUUCACCAGGUGAUCUGAAAAAGUCUCCGGUAACCACAGACUUAGUUCCAGAAGUCGAUCUGGGGACCCUUGCUGCCCUAACACCUCAGAGCGAGAGGCCACAGCCUAUGGGUAGCCAGUUAGAUGUAUCCGAACCAGGGACCCUGUCCUCCGUCCUUAAAUCUGAAGCAAAGCCUCCUAUGGCAGUGGCUACAACUUCCUCCCCUUUCACCAAAGUUGAGCGCACGUUUGUGCAUAUUGCUGAAAAGACCCACUUAAAUGUCAUGUCUUCCAGUGGCCAACUGAUGAGGCAUGAGGAAUACUGCCCUCCUGAUCCAUUUGAAGAGAUCAUUAUUGAAGAAGAGAUUGAGGAAAACCUGGCACUGGUAGAGAAUGGAAGCGUACAUUCAGGGCUAGAAGGGGCAGAGACAGAAAGCUGUGCUCUUUCAGCUAAUCCCGUUGAAAUCACCCCAGAGACAGUAGGGGAACAGCUAGCCCUUCCCACUGGCAUAGCAAAGCCUCCUGAGGACAAGUUGGAGCUCUCUGAUAAAGUAGCAUUCCCGUUAGAUUUGGAAGAGCCUGGCAAGACAGUUACAAGAGAGCAUGACCUUGAGAAGACAAUACCCAUAACAGAACACCUUAAGCAAGCAGAAAUCCUCCUUGACACACCACAGCAGGUCCCUAGGAGACCUCUGGGGUCCAGGUAUAGGAGUCGGAUACCCAUUUUGUUCUCUGAGGAGGACACUGGCUCAGACCUUUCAACUUCACUCUCAGCCAAAGAGAGGCUUUAUAAGAGGGCAAAACAACCUGAUUUGGCUCGCCUAGUGAUGGAGAAGAGGCAAAAUCGUCUCCUUAGGCUGGCCUCAGGGGCUUCCUCCUCAGCAUCCUCCAGCGAUGAGAGGCGGCGGGCCUCAGAAACCCUUUCAGCCACUGGUUCUGAGGAGGAUACCCAUGAUUCUGAUGACUCCAUCCCAAAAAAGGCAGGGAAGGAGAAGGCUGCCCUCCCGAGAAAAGAAGAGAAACACAUAAGCACAAAGAGCAGAAUUCCUCGGCCCAUCACACCGGUGAAAACACCGCUAGAGACAAUGAGGUCUGAGAGCUCUGUCACUGUUGCCAUGCCACUGCUAUGUAGCUCCCUGCAAGAUGCAGCUGCUGCCUACAGGCUUCAGGCACAGAGACCAGCUGGAAAUAUCCCCAGUGACUCCCGAACAACACAGAUACAAAGCCGGCUUCCUCCUUCACCAAGUUCCACUGCUCUUCCUCCACGAAGCAGCUCACGGAGGUCUAGUUGUGCACCCCCUCGGAGUCCUGUCCUUCCUCCAAGAAACCCCAGUGCUUCCCCUAGAAGCCAGUUACUGUCUAGGAGGGAAAGCCCUUCUCCUUGUCGACAACGUAAACCAGGGACUGCUAUUCAGCGAGUUCCACCUUCCCCCCGACUUCAGCCCCAAGCUCAGGCCCUAGGGCUGACAGGAGACUCCCUGCCCUUGCCUGGUGUGGCCAAAAAAGGACAAAGAGGGAAAAUCCAGACUCAGAGUCCAGCAACCAAAGGAAAGCAGGUGUCCCUGGAAAGUAAGGCAGCUGCCAGAUAAUGAUCUUCUUUUGCCAGCCCAAUAGACUGGGUAACUUCUGCAUAUAGUAUACACUUGAGAUGCUGCAGCACAGCCUUCCAUGCGGGAACCACAAGUGUAUAGCAGUAGCUGUACUUCAAUGCUUCACUCACUCUCACCCCACACUGUCACGAUCAGCUCCCACGGGCCUGAGAGCCUCUGAGCCACGGAGCCUUCUUCAAGGGAAAUAUCCUGUCCCUGGCUGACGCUUGCUAAUGCACAGCACCAAGCAGUGACUCAGGCAGCCUGCCUAAUGCCUGACUCUCCUCCCUCCUUUGGCAUUCCCUUCUCUCUGUUAGCAAUAUCAGUUGCCAAUACCGCACACUGACCCGGCUUUGGAAUCAGGAACAGAGAUGAGAGUGAGGCCUGCUGUCUUUCAGGCCUCUUCUCUCUUUGCUGGUAGAACGCCAGCCUUGGCUGUCAUGUUUUACCUGAGCCUUGGUUCACCUCCUGCCAUCUGCGUGAGCAAAGGAUCAUCACUAGCUUAGCCAAGACGAAUACACAUGAGCUGAGAGGAGAGGAGCAGGGGAAGGAUGGAGGGUGGCUGUGCUCACCCUUUCUGAGGUGUCUCUACCAGCAGGUCCAGGAAGACAGACAGGCAUUGCUGGAUGGUCUCAGCUCCUACCUGCUCUAACAUGUCCCGCAGAGAAGGGAGUCCGGCAUUGCUGCUCAGUGGCACUGCUGCAGUUUCAGCAUGGGUAGGGGGUGUUUAGAUGGAAGUAGGGGCUGCAUUGGCAGCUUGCCGGGAAAUCAAGAACCCUGCUAAUUGAUGUGGAUAGGAGCACACUGCAGCCACUUCUGUCUCAAAUACCAAACUGUGACCUGUGGAGCCUUCAUCUUCCAACAUGUGGUGGGGCCUCUAGACCUGCAUGUGAUUGGUGCCAUGGUUCUGUAGUCCACCAGACAUGGCUCUAGCCUGAAGAUGUGAAUAGUCACUGGAUGCCUUUAGCUCGGGGGCCCUUUGCACCUAAAUUCCUUGUGUUUUAUUGUCACACUCUUGGUGUUUGUGAAUUUUGGCACUGUUGGCUGAAAGUUCUCCUACACAGCAGGGAAGGAAUUAUUCCAUAGUAUGAUCAAAAGCUGCUCUUUUGCCAAGAUAAGUUUGCUGGCACGCCUUAGGUAUCCUGUGCAUCUCUGACCUAGAAUACAGCUGGCUGAGUUGGAGAGGUCGGGUUUAUGUCUUUCUCUUUUUGAGUGCUCAGCUCUUCUACAUACUGCGUGAGAAUUAAUAACGUGAACGUGAUAGAAAGGGCUGUCUCUUCAAAUAGCAUUAUCAGAGCAGGUGCUCAGGUCUCUCUUAGAUGUAAACACAAACUCUUUAGCUGCCAGGCUAAUUAGGAAGGUUUGAAAAUGUGAAGCAGGAGGACUGAGACAGAAAUACUUGUCUGAGUCUGAUGAGAUCUUGAAAUAGUCACAAGAUUUCCCCUGUGUCUUGUAAGGGAAAACACUCCAGACUCAAAUACUCUGGGCUUCACACCACCGUCAUGCCUAAAAAAGGCUUUGCAUGAGGCAGAAUAAAAAUAAGGCUUCUCUGUCCAUCCAUUCCUGCAGCUGCAACUAGCAGCUUCAGAAAAUAAUUGUAGAUGAUGGAGGAAGAUGAUGAUGGAGGAAUCUAGGCAGUAGUGAACUUGAUUCAUUUGAACAUGUAUUUAUAGACAGUCAUAUUCAUGGUCAUGGAGUCUGAGGAAUCCAGAAGCAGUUCACAUCUAUAGUAGCUAUUCCAGAGAGGAGUAUGAGAGCUGUGAUGGUAUGGCUAGGAGAACAGUGUACUCUUUGGACAUCUGAAUAGGGAAAUACCUAGAAACAUGAUGGGAGUUACCUCGCUGUAUGUGAUAGUACCAGUGUUGCCAAUGCUAAUAGUUUGUUUCAUGUAGGUCAAAGUGUUUGUUGUUUUGCAUAACAGUUAUUACCCUUGGUAGAGUAAGAAGCAUGGCUUCUAAAGACAAAUCCCAGCCCUCAUCAUUGCAUAGAAGCAUUGGGAACUCUGAGACCAGGUUGUGGCUUGAUGGAUUGAGCUGACAUUGCCAUCAAAAGAGGCAGUCCCUCUGAGCUCCAUCUGCUUUGCUGCACUGUCCCACUUCCUUUACGUUGUGCCAGCUAUUUGGUGAAGAGGCUCGAAACACUGAUCGAGCAUGAGAACAGACACUCUGGUUUGCAGGGUUGGUUUGUCAGUCUGGUUCAGCACAGUCCAGUCACCAGGUUUUUUGUGCAAUCUGGAUUGCACAAAUGCUUGUGCCAGAAGUAGAGGAAGGAGAGGACAGAAGGUGUGUCCUGUUCUUCUGGGGGUACUGUGACUCCAUGUGGGUUUGAAGUGUUGGUCAAACUACACCCUAAAUAUGCCCUGCAUGUUUAGAAACUAGAAAUCAGUAUAAACCCAAACACAUUCUUUCCACAAAUAUAAACCGUAAUGACAGUCCUAUUAAUUUGUUGGAAGAUUGUUCACUUUAGAGUGCUCAGAUGGUAGGACAUGGUCAAUGAAGCCUUUACCAGGCAUUCCACCUAGGUUUUGUAUGCACAUGCUAAAAAAAGAUACUGAAAUAGGUUGAAAAGAGAGCUACAAGACCACACAAUUAGCAAACCUGCCUCAUGAUGGGAGGCCAAUGAAGCACAAUCAAUGUAUUUAUUCAAGGGAAGGUUUAGAAGAGAGUUGUCUGUGUUCCAAAAGUACUAGUAUGGGGAAGAAGCCCAGAACAGGGCUCUUCUAUCUAGCACAUGGAAGUAGGUUAAGGAGUUGGGUAGAUUUUUAGUUGUGAAGCAAUUACCCAGUGAAACCUCUCAUAAGAAAUGUGACGACGCUUUCUUAUUAAAAGAUUUUCUAAGAAACCUGAAUGUCUUCUAAGAUACCUUCCUGUCAUAACCCAACCACAGAUAGUAGGCAGGGUGCUGGUAACACCUCUCUGGUGUGAUGCAGUAGAUCCAUGUGUCUAAGAUUCAUGCUCCCGCAAGACACAUGCCAAAGUUGUCACAUGAUGGAGAGCCACCAGACAAGACUCACAGAUUUCAGAAAGCCAGUGAAAGAUUUCCAAGACAGAAAAUACCAACGUUUCCCCAGGUGCCCUGUUAUUUGAUAGGGCUGGGUUGAGGCAGCAGCUGGUUCCGCAGAGAUCUUGGAGAGCUGCCAUCAGCCAUCCUUCCAUGUGGUCAUGCUGUCAGCUGCCCUGCACCAGCACAGCCCUGUUUGCCAGCUGCUUGAGAUUGCUCUGGCAUGGAGGGGAGCAGAACAGUGUAUCAGUGACAUGGUACUUCCACAGGUCGUUUUGGAUGAGAGGGCUGCACCAUCAGGAAAGAGAGCAGUAAAAGUUGUCUGACUGCAGCAAUGCCUUCUCCCUGAGCAGGAGCUGCUGGAUGCUGUCAUUGAAAGGUUUCAGAACUCUCAAAUUCCUGCAAGGCAUGACUGUCUCUGCAUGUCCCACAGACUUUGAGCUCUGGACCUGUUCCCUUUCCCAGUGGCAGGUGAUGUUGUGAUCCUGGCUCACAGAUCACAGAUGAAGUAUUUCACAUUGCCUCUUUCAUUCCUUCACUGAAAUUAUUUUUUACGGGAUUCUCAGUGCUGGGCUUUUCCAGACAAGUGGAUAAAAAGAAUUUGCUGCCCACAGGAGCAUGCUGUCUAACAAGAGAAGGUCCACAUAGUCAUGUGUUACUAUCAAAGCCAGUCACACUGUGCUGCUUGGCCUACGUAUGCUUACCAGCCCUCUAUUAGCAGCUGGAGUAGUGCAGGAGAGCUAGUGGUGGCCUGCUUCAUGGCAUAAGUGUCAGGAGGGAGACUUGAUUAAGGCUCUGCAAUGCAGGAGCUGCUCUGUAUCUCUUGUCUUGCUCUGAUUUUCAAGUUUCUGCCAUUUGGUUGCUCAGUAGUGAGUGUAGACCCAGGAGACACUGGUUGCUGGGAUGCUCAGUGCAUACUAGUUGCAGAAGCUCUUUGUCCUCCUGUGAGGCUAUCUGGAGGGAUUUCAGGCAUGCAGCUAGAGCCAGCAGUGACAUUUCCUGCUAGUAUCACUAUGAAAACUGCCCCACAAGAGGGUCAGCAGCUCAUCUGAGUCUUGUCUUCUGUCCCUAUCCCACAAGGAGCCUGGGAGGACACCUGUCCUAUUUGGGGCAAACAUGGGAGAUUGUAUUUGGGGGAAGGUCUGUCUUAUUAGGGAGAAAUUAGAUCUUUGAGGGAUGGGGCAGAAGAUCCAGUCUUUCUUCGGCAAGGCAGGACACAAGGGAUUGACACAUCCCAGAAAGGCAGGAGAAGCAAGGCCCUGAUGUUCCUGGCCAUGAAACGCGGUAUAUGGGCUCCGUCAAGCCUCAAGGACACAUAGGGGGUGAUCGGACACUGCUUUUGGAGUGGGGCAUUGUUCUUGCAGUGAAGGUAGGGAAGAUCUACCUGACCAGAGCAGAAAAGAUGAUUAGGAAGAAAAAAGAAAGAAAAGUGUUUGGCAGGGGGAAAAGGGGAGGAGAUGUGGACUCCCUAGCAGGCCCUAUUCACUGUUAGCAAGGAUUUCUGGGAAUAGUCUGACAUCAUAUGAUUCCUACUUGGUGAGUUUGUUGCAAGAUCUGUCCUGAUCAGCUGCACACAGUUGUACUUAAGCAUGUUUUGAGGGGACUCAUGGAACAGCCUUCCACUAUGCAUGUGUUUGAGUGUGUAUAUUUGCAUUGGUAGCAGGAACAGAUGGGAUUUCUUCUGAGAUAUGCCCAGAGUGCAGCACUGUGGGGCCCUAUGCUUGUGUCGGGAGCAAGAGUGUCUUUGAGACUGACAUCAUGAUAUUUACUAAAUGCUCUGCUAUGCGUUUUGCUUUGCUGGGAUCUGUGAAAUCCUGCCUGCUUUCUCCUCUGCUGGCCAAGAAGAUGGGAUGCUAGUUGGUAAAAUGAGUCAAUGGCUGUUGCCUGGUCAGGAGACUUUCACAAAGAAACUGGGAUAUGGGAGGAUGUGCCAAGUGGUAAAUCGGGAAGACAGUUCUCAAUGUUAAGCCAAUGUGAAGGACCAUUUGUAUGAGUAGAAGGAGCAAAAAGAUUAAUGGUACUGGACAGACUAAUGCCAUGCAGGGACUUGAACAUACGGCAGGCGAUGCUAAACUGAUUCCUCUGGUUGGCAGGGCAUACACUGCUGCUUGUCUUGCUGCAAAAGGUGUCUCAGUAGGAGAUGUUUCUGAGUCAGUUGUGCUUGGAAUUUGUGAGAGGCAGGAGGCUUUCCUUGCCCUUUGUAAGUAAAGAAUAUUAUAAUAUAUAUAUUAUUAUAACAUAAUAUAAUAUAAGUAGUUCCCAUUAUACGUAGUGGCUAAAGGUUGAAAAGGAGCCUGCUACCUUCAAAGAAGUGCCCUGAUCCUAUGCAACAUCUGAUCUGUGCAGGAACGACUGCCUUGUGUGGUGCAUGUCAAUGGAGGAACAGUACACCACUCCACCAAAGAGCAUGGGAACUGUGAGGCCACACUCACCAGAGCAUGAACCCAGGGGCAAAACACGCUGGCUUGGAUCACUGGCGGCAAUUGUGCUUGCCAUCAGUUGUAAGAACUAGUGGACUGACACACAUCUCUGCAUGGCAUGUGUCUGGGUCUGGAGACUCUUUGCUCAGGUGGUUGCCCUUGACUGACACAAGUGUAGUUGUGUGCUAGUGAAAUGCUUUGAUCCAAAGCAAGUUGAGAUAGGAGCAAGAAAAUCUUCAAUGAUGUUUCUGCUUUCCAACACAGAGGUGUUUUCUCAGUGUAGAGCCUCUGUAAGAAGGUGGCUAAGAAUCUAUUUAUAGCCUCACCAGCUCCAGUAGCAGCUCAUUGGUCCCUUAGCACAUUUCCUUCCUUCAUGUAUAGUUUCCUGACCCCUGGCAUGAUCCCAUCUCUAUUUUGUGUGCACAGGCAUCAAUGCCCACCAGAGGUCUUGCCCCACAUAUCAGUCAUCUGUGGUUAAGUUAAUCUUGUUUCAGUGAACACAGUAAAAAGUCCCUUUGUGGGAGUGGUGAAUUUGGUUUCAAGUGAGUUUCUUCUGGCUUCAUUGAAAGUUGUCUGUGUCCAAACUGCGACAGGCUGGCGUUACAAAGCACACGGGGACUAUCCAAGAGUUUGCAACCAGCUUUGAUUGCAUCUGUUUGCCAGCUACACACAAGAGAGAGUAAGCCUGGAUUUCUGUUUGAAUCCUGUCCCCUUGUGGUGCACGUUGUACUAACAGUGUGUGGGAAGGGAGCAUGUGAACUAACCAUUUGCUGGUCCCCAAGAUUCUCUGCAGCAGCCUGAGUGGUUUUUCUCUUUUUCAGCCUGUUGCUGACCUUUGUGGGACUGAGAUUUUGCUGUUAGUAGUGGCAGAGCCAGAUGAUGUAACGAUAGGUUGGCAGCAUCUCCAUGAGCUUUGGUGGUUGCAUCUUUGUCAAGCCAGGGAUUAGUUUGGUCGCAGGCUAUGGUGAUGCCGUGAUCCUGGGCACAGCCAGGAUCCCAUGAAACAUUCUGGAUGGGCCCAGACAGUUCUAGCCGCCAAAAGCAAUUUAAAUACCAUAACUCUCCUGUCCUCUUGUUCUUAAUUUCCCUCCUUUAGCAAAUUCUCUCUAGAAAGCCAAUGUUUAUUCCCUGAAGGUUGGUUCCUCCUGAGUUUCUGCCAAGUGUGAGGCAGACUUGGCCCCAAUGCAUGCAGCAUGCCCUGCAUCAUGUAUGCUGGCGCUCAGAGUUACAAGGAGGAGCACUAUCGCACUUUUUUCUGAAGCUACAAGUAUGUGGAAAACAGGUUUAAGGUAUGCAUUGGUGCCCUCUGCUAGAAGGAGGAAGAGAGCUACCACAGCAAAUCCACAGUGGGAUUUCUCUGUAGGAAUCAAGGUGAGAACACUUCCUGUCCUUCACUUUGAAACCAGAGGUGGCUCCAAAGACAAGAUCUCCGCUCGGGUGAGCGUACGGUUUUGUUGGUAUCAGCCAGCACCUCCUCUACCUCUAGGUUGCCUUGUGUUGCCACCGCCGUGAGUGCAAAGGGACCUGAAACCUUGUCACUGGAGAAGGCAGGGUUGAUGUUUCCUUGGUGCUUCGGCUGAUGGUUGCUGUGGGUGCUGAUGCGGCAGCUCACGUGCUGGGGUGUGAAGAGCUCUGCAGGACACGGGGGUUAGGAGAGGAGUCCAAGUGUAGCACUAUGAAACCCAGCAUCAGUGACAUUGCUGUGUUAUGGGACCUGGGCUGCUGCUUUUCCAGGCAGGAGUCAGAGCUGGAAAUGCAGAUAGUUUUGUAUAUCUCCUUUUAACACAAUAGCACGUGGCUCUACCUUCAGACAUUGUAGCUGGCACACCAGUCUUUGUUUCCUUUGUCUCUGACUCGGUCUGACACAGAUUUUAGGCCUGGAGACAGGACUCUUGCUCCUUUGGUACUAUCUGCCUGGAAGUGCAACAGGGUCUCAAGGCUAAAUCUCUCUCCAUAUUUUCUUUGCAUUCUUUAGGAAAGCAGCUCUAGAAUGUUUACACACUGCAAACCGAAUGUACAACUCUGACCAAGGAACCAAAAUCGGGUUCAACUGCAUGGAAAAUUUCUUGGCCAUAAAGUCUGGCAUGCAUCACAGAGGCCCUGUCUGUGUACAGAUCCACCUGGCAUUUGUCAUAAUUUCAGAUCAUGUCUUAAAAAAAUAUAUGAUGAUGCCAUUUUUUGUUCAUAUCAGACACAGCUGUCAUUAGAUUUGUUGUUAAAAGGGGAUUCUUGAUCAUGCCAUUAAA